GGUCUGAAGGCGGCUGCGUUGCCACACGUCAUCAUGACUUCAUGCUGCUGACUGGAGUUCAGGCUCCACUAAGGUUUAAUCGCUAAAAUGGUUCACACUGAAAACAACAGUCUCAUUUUUCGGUUAAGAGGGGUGCUAGAAUUCUCCUGCCAGCUUGACAGCUCCAAUGAAACACAGGGACAGAGUGCCAUCUCCAAAUCCUUCCAGACGCUCCGCACCAGAGUCUCAUCUGAAAGCCUGGUUUUCAGCGUCUGCAGCAGUCCUGUCCUGCUGUGGCCCAACAAGAGCUUCCAUUCAACAGUGGAGAAUCUGACAGAAGGAGCACCAUAUAGAGACAUCCAACAGUACAUAGAAGUUGAAGACGGAGGGAGCAAGAAGUCGUCGAAAAAGAGAGACAAAAAAGACACUGGUCCUAGCGUGGUCAACUUGAAGCUGCUGUUGGAGGUCACAGAGUCGGGGGACAGUGCAUCUUUGACCCUAUGUACAGUAACCAAACCUCAGCACUCUUUGAAGAUGCCCGUGUGUGUAGACUGUGUAUUCUCUGCAUCAGGACAGGACACACUUGGCUCUGUGUGUUCAGGCCUGGUGGGGUCGCUGUGCAACCAGUUAUCAGACAUGGAGGAGGUGGUGUUGAAGUACAGGAAAAGCACAUCUCUGCUGGUGCCUCAGCCUUUCCACUUUCAGCUGCCUGAGUCUGCUGGUCUGGUCACUGUUAUUUACCCAGCAGGAGUUCCGGACAGUCAGCUCCUGGCCGUCAGAGAGGAGCUGCAUGAGAAGUAUGGGUUGCCUAGCGACAGGCCCUGUUUUCGGAGGGCAAAUGCUUUUCACUUCCCAGACGAAGCGUAUAAAGACGGAUACCUGCGCAAUCCUCACACACACCUGAACACACCCAAUGUGGAAGAUGCCAAGCUGUAUGUGGUGAAAGGUGUAUACAGUUACCAUCACUACAUGCAGGAUCGUGUGGAUGAUAACGGAUGGGGCUGUGCGUAUCGCUCUCUUCAGACUAUCUGCUCCUGGUUUCAGCAGCAGGGCUACACAGACAGAGCCGUGCCCACACACACUGAGAUACAACAGGCUCUGGUGGAUGUGGGUGAUAAAGAGCCCCCCUUUGUGGGCUCUCGACAGUGGAUCGGCUCUAUAGAGGUGCAGGCUGUCCUCAACCAACUUUUGGGGGUUACUUCAAAGAUCCUGUUUGUCAGCCGAGGAUCUGAACUGGCUUCCAAAGGCAGAGAACUGGCCAAUCACUUUGACACCAUGGGAACACCCAUCAUGAUUGGAGGGGGCGUACUGGCGCACACCAUAUUGGGUGUGGCCUGGAGUGAGAUCAGCGGACAGAUACGCUUCCUAAUCCUGGACCCACAUUAUACAGGAGGAGAGGAUCUGCAGACCAUCACUGAAAAGGGCUGGUGUGGAUGGAAAGGACCUGAAUUCUGGGACCAGAAUGCCUAUUAUAACCUCUGCCUUCCUCAGAUUCCCAAAACCAUCUAAGCCUUUUAGUCACUCAACAUUUCAUCAAUCAAAGCACACACACCUUCCACGCUCAAAUAUUAAAGACAACUUUAUUGUGUAAAAACA